AUGAAUGAAUCAAAGAGAGAUGAUAGUGAUGACGAUAUUCUUCGUCUUACACUUACACAUAAGGCAAUUGCAAUAUUUUUAUACAGUAUGAUGAGUAUUAUAGCAAUUUGUGGUAAUUUUCUGAUUGUAUUAGUUAUUGUACACUUUCCACGUUUACGUACAGCAACAAAUAUUCUCAUAUUGAAUUUGGCAAUCGCCGAUUUAAUGAUAAGUUUUUUAUGUAUGCCAUUUUCCUAUUGGCAUGUUAUUAUUUUUACUGAUCAACGUUGGAUAUUUGGUUCAAUUUUUUGUAAAUUAUUGGCAUUUCUACAAGCGACUGCUGUAUUUCUUAGUUCAUGGACUUUAGUUGCUAUAAGGUUGGUUUAA